AUGACUCCUUCGUAUACAAAAAAAACCAAAAGAAGAAGAAGAAGAUCAUCAAGAUCACCAUCUUCUUCUUCAAGAAGAAUAAUCGAGAAGAAGCAUUUCAAUUCUCCGGCUCCGGUGAAUGAGGUGGAGGUGGAGAUUUUAGAUUCGGGCAGCUCCACUCCGAAAGGGGAAAGGUUUCGGAUACCGGAGAUGACGAGCUGCCCUCCUGCGCCCAAGAAGAGGCGGAUACGCGCCGCUGUGAGCUGCUCCUUGAGGCGGAAGCCGACGUUUUUCGCCUCGCCUGAUAUAGACCUCUUUUUCUACUUCGCGCUUCGUGGCGUUCCCUUCGAGUGCUAG